GUGGGGCGCCUGCGCACUGGCCUCCCUUUGGCUGGUAGAUCGUCUCUCUCCUAAUGUGCAGAGAAAAAAGCAAAAUGUUUUAGGGAACGUAAUUUCCACCUCUUUAUUUCCAAACGUACAGGGGUAUCCCUAUGAAUUUCUCGUCAAGACAAAGUAUUGCAGAAAGGAUGAGAGGACACCUAGCUGGCCAGGCCGCCAUCCACUUUCCCGUCGCCUAGUAACUGUUUCCAUAGCAACCGCGCGGUCCGCGACUCCGAGCAAUCCAGAAGGAAGAAAAACCGCGUUUUUCUUGAGAGAGACUGCUAAGGAGGAGUCAAAGGGGGAUUACACGAAAGAGAGACACCUGAGUUCCUAGACAGGGCAAGGGUGCAAAAAAGAAAGGGGAAACAUCAGAGAAAGGGGCAGCGUUACCAGUACUCUACAGUAAGAAAAAGAAGUUGAGGGUUGCAGUUUUUAAGGAGUCAUUCGCUGGUCAUGGAUCCAACGUGCUUGUCUGAGAGCAUUUAUAACCUCAUACCCAGGGACUUGGAGCCUUCCCAGCCUCCUAGGUACACAUCAGUUUUUAAAGCAGCUAUAAAAAGUGACAUGAAAACCUCUAAAGCGUCCAUGAAAACCAUGGGACCAGCAAAAGUGGAAGUUCCUUCUCCGAAGGGUUUCCUAAAAAAACGUUCGAAGGAAAAAGUCCUCCCACCCAAAAAAAAGUUCGACUGGAAUGAACCCAGAAAGCCGCCUGUGCCACUGAGGACUGAUCAUCCAGUCAUGGGAAUACAGAGUGGAAAAAAUUUUAUAAAUACAAACGCGGCCGAUGUCAUCAUGGGAGUGGCUAAAAAGCCUAAGCCAGUCUAUGUUGACAAAAGAACCGGAGACAAGCACGAUCUGGAAACAUCGGGGCUACUUCCCAAGUACAUCCAUAAAAAGGAUUAUGGUGUCACACCUGAAUACAUAAGUAAGCGGAACGAGGACCUGAAGAAAGCCCAGGAAGAGUAUGAUCAUUACAUCCAGGAAAACCUUCAGAAAGCAGCUAUGAAAAUGUUAACGGAUGAAGAAAGAGAUGCAGUUCUCCAGGGGCUGAAGAAGAACUGGGAAGAGGUACACAAAGAGUUCCAGUCCCUCUCGGUCUUCACAGACUCUCUCCCGAAGAAGGUGCGCAAGCAGAAGCUGGAGGAAGCAAUGAAACAGCUGGAACAUGACAUCGGCAUCAUUGAGAAGCACAGAAUGAUCUACAUUGCCAAUAAGAAAUAGAGGGUCUUUAAAGGGCAGUCAUGUAAGUUUGAAUUCUUCUCUAAGCUUAUUUAUAGUAAGCAAUCUAUGGAUUCCAUGAUUCUACAACAGGCAGAAGAUUUGGGAAACAUGUUUAUCGUGUCUUCAGCACAGAGCCUCCAUCCUCAGCAAAUACGACUUACGGACUCUAAAUUAUGAGUCUUUAUAAGUGAAGGGACAAUAAAGAUUUACUUAAG